UAGAAAGUCAUAUUUAUUAAGUUGCUGCUUAGACAAGAAGUGAACAAGAAACCAAAUGUCUUCUUCUUAUUCUUUUUUGUUGGCUGGGAGAGAGUUAGAUGUGUUCUUGAGUUUCAGCGGCAAGAGAGCUCUUGACAUCGACUUUGGUUAUGAUUUGUCACGAAAUGGCAUCAAGUCUUUUAAAUCAGAAAGCUGGAAGGAGAAGAGUUUCGAGCCUAUUGAUACACAAACACACGAGGCUUUGACAGAGUCUAAAGUAGCAGUUGUCAUGACCUCUGAUGAAGAUGUUUCUUCCGUUGGGUUCCUUGAAGAGCUUCUUCUAAUACUCGAGUUUCAAGAAAAGGGCUCACUCACUGUCAUACCAAUCUUUUUAACAAAACAUCCUUUGGAUAUAGAAGAAGUCUCUCAACUGUUUCCAGAGAGAGCCAGGAUCUGGAGGGUUGUGAUUGCCAAGCUGGAAAACAUAGCUUCACAGUAUUCACUUUCUAGGAAUCUUGCGGUGAUUCAUGGAACGCAUCGGAUCAAGCAGGUGGCUGAUGACGUUAGGCUUAUGUUUCUCUCUUGUGCUUCGAGUGAGUUCAAAGGUCUAGCAGGAAUGGAUCGUCAUUUGAAAGCGUUUCAUGAGUUGUUGGCUUUGGAAUCUGACAAAGGAGUUCGGAUUGUUGGCAUUUGGGGUUGUGCAGGUGUGGGAAAGACAACGCUUGCAAGGCUUUUAGAAAACUUUGAAGUGGAAGAAGAAGAUCUAACAAGUUCAGAUCAUGAGAGGAAUGAGAUUACAGAAGCAAGAAACAAACACCGGAAAGUUCUCCUUGUAGCUGAUGGUGUUAAUGACAGUGAACAAGGGAAGUGGAUUGUUGAGUAUGCUAACUGGUUUGCUUCAGGAAGUAGAGUCAUUUUCAUUACUCAACACAAGAGUGUUCUUGAGGAUUCAGGAGUGAAUCAUGUGUACGAAGUUGGGUGUUUAAGAUAUGAUGAAGCUCUUGAGCUCUUCUCACGCUUUGCUUUCAAGCAGCCAUACCCUCCUCCUGAGUUCGAACGCCUCUCAGUUCGUGCGGUCCAGCUGGCAGGGUUUCUUCCAAUGACCAUUAGACUGUUUGGGUCUUUUUUAACUGGUAGAGGUAAAGAGGAGUGGGAAGCUACACUGCGUAAACUAAUUGCAAAGCAAAGUAAAGAAGCAGUGGAAGUGUGGAAGAUUAUGGAAGCAGCAGAAGAUGAACAUAUUUUGGAAGCAUCAUUACAAAGAUAAAACCACAAUAGAAGUAACAGGAGAGGAAACACAUGUACCAUGUACGUAGUCUUCUGUAUUAUAAUAAAAGCUUGGUGUAUAAUAUGAGUAUGUGAAAGCUUCUAUAAACGUUAGUAUCAAAAGCUCCACCUGUUUUUGUGUGUUUUUGUAACUGCUAAGUAGAUUAAAAAUCUGAUUAGUUUUUC